AUGACCAAAAAGGCAUACAUGACAAUCCAAGCGGGGAAUGCGCAGCCAGAGCGUCUCGAUUUGGUGUUGUAUCAUGAUUCGGUCCCACGUACUGUGGCCAAUUUCUGUCACUAUUUGCAGGCUUCAGACAAUAAGGGAUACAAGAAUUCAACCUUUCAUCGCAUCAUCAAAGGUUUCAUGGCCCAAGGGGGUGACUUUUUGAAUUCCGAUGGAACGGGUAGCACCUCCAUUUAUGGCAAGACCUUUCCAGAUGAAAACUUUUUGCAUCGACACCUUCAACCUGGAACCCUGUCUAUGGCCAACAGUGGAAAAGACACCAAUGGGAGUCAAUUUUUCAUUACCUUUCGUCCAACACCACAUUUGGAUGGAAAACAUGUUGUCUUUGGACAUGUAGACUUGAGCACACCAGAGAGUCUAGCCACAUUGGAACGAUUGGAGGCUGUGCGAACAGUCAGGGAUGACAAGCCACACAGUCCGGUUCGAAUUGUGGAUUGUGGUGUUGAAGAGGAAGAGGAGGAAGAGGAACCAGAAAACAAACAUCAAGAAGUGGCAAGCGUCAAGACUACCGACACUAUUCCAGAAGAAGAAGAAGAAGAUUCAAACGAGUUGGAAUUGCCAGAAUCCGAAGACGAGGAACCACCCAAAACAAAGGCAGAAGCCAUCAAAAGAAGGAUGCGAAAACUCAAACUCAAAAUGAAUCAAGCUCGACAAUUGAACAAGCAAGAAGUUUUAAAGGAGGGAGAGCGCUUGACUAGUGUUGAGGGCGCGACAGCCGUUCGCAAGCGGCAAAUCAGAAAGGAUAAGAAGAUGAACGAAGCGGACUGGAAGGCAAAAAAUUCCAAGGCAUUUGGUGUAGCUGCGGCUCAUGGUAUUGAUGGAAAACACUUGGUGCAACAAGCGGAUUCAAGUCUCAAAGCAGCCUUUAAAAAGAAGGCCAAGGCCAAGGCAAAUCGAUUUGAAAUGCAAGAUUAUUACAAUUCCGAAGGUCAGCAUCGAAACUACGAACGAAAUCUCAAAAGUCUGGUAACGGCAGCUGCACCUCUGGACGAUGCACACAAUUCUACCGAAACCUUUAAUCCAAUUGCUGUGAACAAUGCAUCCGACGAAGCAAGAGAGCGAGCGGGAGCCCGUAAUUUGGCAACCGAGAUGAAACGAAGAAUUGAAAAGCAGGCCAAGAAGAAGAGGGAGAGGAUGGAGUUUGAAGAAACUGACGUCAGUUAUAUCAACAGUAGAAACAAGAGAUUCAAUCAAAAGAUUAGCCGCAACUUUGACAAGAGCACUGCCGAAAUUCGGCAAAACUUGGAACGGGGAACGGCGCUGUAG